AUCAGUGGUGCACUGUAUCCCUGAGACACAGCGGAUCACCGAUCAGAGAGAGUCAGUAAGCGGCAUUCCUCAUAAGGGACAUUUACACUGAUCAUCAGGCACUGAUGAUCAGUGCCCUGAUGAUCAGUGUAGCCCCAUCAGUGCCACCUGUCAGUGCCCAUCAAUGCCACAUACCAGUGCCCAUCAAUGCCACAUAUCAUUGCUUACCAGUGCAGAUCAAUGCCACAUAUUAGUGCCCAUCUGAGCUGCCUUUCAGUGCCACCUAUCAGUGCCAGUCAGUGCCGCCUAUCAGUGCCAGUCAGUGCCAUCUAUCUGUGCCCAUCAGUGCCACCUAUUAGUAGCCCAUCAGUGCCACCUAAC